AUGGAGAUAUCAGAACAUGAAUACUGGAAGUCUGCAUACAAAUCAGCCGAAGCUUUGUUAAGUCUGCUCUCAGUCUUUGAAAAGAGAAGCGUUAAAGGGGUCGAUAAAGCAGUUGAGUCUCUUCGUGGCAUUGUAGCUGGUGGCGACGAUUUUGACAAGCUAAAGGAAAGAACGCAAGCACCACCACAGCAUAUAGCAUCACCACCAUCUCCACCAUCGCCCCGACAACAACAGCAACAGCAACAGCAGCAGCAACAAUCACAUCAAGCAGGAAAGCGACCAUGGUAUAAUUACUCAAAUUACGACAUGGAGGAUGAUUGGCAACAAAUGAGCGCUUAUCAUAUUGAAGUGCCAUUAAGCAACCACAAGGCCGCUAUUUGCAUGCUUGUAUCCAAUGAAGAACAACUCGAUGAAGCCAUCCAGGAAAUCAGAAACGCAGAGUACAUUGCCAUUGAUUGCGAAUUCCAAUCUAUCAAGAAAUCACUGCCUGAACUCAAGCUAUUGCAGAUUGGUGUUUCCAGUACAAAGGGAUUCGCUAUUCAAGUGGAUUCUGUGGGAUUUGAUGUUUUAUCAGCAAAACUGAAACCUAUAUUGGAGGAUGAUGAAGUGAAUAUUGUUGGAUGGUCAUAUCGUCCUGACGCCAUGGCGAUUGAGUCUUAUUUCAAGUCGAUAGAGCAAGCACCUGUGUUGGAUCUUCAAGCAAAGCUCAUGCCAAUUGCCGUAGAAACGAUGAAUUUGGAAGCUGCCAUGGUGAAAUUUGCUGAUCAAUGGGAUGGUUUAGAAGCGUUUAAAAAGGCAAAGCACUACAGUGAUGGGUUCUUUUACAAUAAUGAUGAUUGUAUCUGGACAAAAAUUCCUCUGCCACCAAAAGCAUUGGUGUAUUCUAUUUUUGAUGUAUUGAGUGUGCAUGCAUUACAUCAAUAUACCAAGCAGUAUCCUAGUGAAGAGAAGUUUUAUUGGCCAUACACAUUAGCCAAGCAAUCAGAGAAAGCACUCUAUAGGUUCCAUCAGCAAAGAGCGCAAGGUAUUGCUUCUCCUGCCAAUUUAUCCUCUCCAAGAAAUGGCAAAACCCCUGCUACUCCCAAGACACAUUGGAACACCAAUUACAAGUCCACUUCACCUACAUAUCGUCAACGUUAUAGCAAUAAGCGUCGUGAAGACAGCAAAGAGGAGGAAUAUCUCGCUUGCUUGUCAUCUCAACCCAAGACGGAUGAUGGAUAUGACGACAAUGAUACAAGAUAUCAAAAGGACAUACAAAAGGCAAUCAUACUCUCUGUUAAGGAAUCCGCAAGAAAAGAGUAUCAGUCUUACGGUGGCGAGUCGAGUGCGUCUGGUGCUUCUUUUAGUGGCCAGCAACAAGAAGACAAUGUGAUUGUGGAUGAUGAUGAUCGUCUGAAUAAUAACUGGAGGUUCUCCGGGAACACCACUACCACCAAGACAUCCAUUGCUGAAGAAGUAAACUAUAAAAGCUGGGGAGACUUUGAUCCUACAUCUCAGCCUUUCUUUGGAGGUCAACCGUUUGCAAAUCCUAAUGUCUCUAACGCUGGUGCUGUUACUGAAUCAACUAACUCUGAUUAUGGUCCACCCGAUGUGAAAGCGUCUGUGCCAGAACCCAAGCCAUCUUCUGCUGCCACUGCUUCUGUGCCUCCUGCUAUAUCUGCACCAGUGCCUGUGAGACAACCCAUGCCACCACCUACAGUUGCAACUCCAAAUUUCAACCAACAAAAGACACACAAAUCACUUCAGCAUCAGUUUAGUCGACCUCCUACGCAAAACGUAUACCAGAGCAAGUCGCAUUCAUACCAAGCAACGCCUUCUCCUGCUCAACCAUAUCAUUCGAAUCAAUACCAACAGCAGCCACCACCACAGCAACAGCAGGCCCACCAUUUACCGAAACCUGUGCCUUAUUCUCCUCGCAACAACUUUGAUGCAACACGCUCACAUCGUAAACCAUUCACCAAUGUUGCUCGUUCCUCACAAGCACCUGCUCCAAGUCAUUCGGCACCACCUGUGGUUACACCUACAAAAUCUACUUCUUCUUCUGGUAAACUACCUGCCACUGCCACUGCCACUACCACUACCACUACCACUACCACCAAUACUAAUACUAAUACUAAUACUAAUACUACUGUGGCUGGAUUUGGUAGUAAACCUAGUAAAGAAAAGUAUGCCUCUGAAUUUCAAAGUCGCGUUGCUGCAGGAGAUCAAGGCGGGUCAUUUACAUGGAGUCAAGAUGCAGCAGGUGGUGUUGGAGCUGCUUCAUGGACCAUAUUUGCAAAUACGACUGGUGAAAAAUGGAAGAGUGGCAUUGAUAGUGAAUUGACGGAUCUCGAGAGGGAAGAAGCCAAGAGAAAAGCAGCAGCAGCAGCGGGAUCCAUAAGCCCAGUCAAAAAGGAAGCCAUCAAGUUCAACACAACGGCUAGUGUAAUCGCUGGUCAUCGUGCCCAGGAACCUGUGGAUGAAGAUGGCGUUGAUAACUGGUCAAAGGAGGAAGAACGGCCUGACACUAUGGAGAUGAAGAUGGGCCAAAUACCCAUUCGGAAACAUUUCAGUGGACCUCGUGUCAUGGGACCAGACAUUGCAGACAGUGAUUCUGAUGACGAUGAUGAUGAUGAUGAUGAUGAUGAUGAAAAUCCUUAUGAAUUCUUUGGUGCUGGUGGUUCAAGACGCCUUUCUGAAAAGGAUGCUAUUAUUGAUCGUGUUGGACUCAAGAUGAAGCUGCCAUCGGAACCUGAAGUGGCAAGACAUCAUAGAGCAGUGGAUGCAUUGGAGACAUUUGUGGAUGCCAUUUACCCAAACAGUUUCGGUCAGGAUCAAGAGCUGGCGAUGCUCACAUUGGAGUCGUUGGAGCAAUUGGAUAUGAUAAUUGUGCCUGAUCAACCUUUUACUGUCACUGUCUGUUUUCAUACGGUUGAAUCCAAGUCCAAGCAAUUCGUGUUCAAGGCGCUGCAACUCUACCUCAGCACGGGCGAAUCGUACACAUGCGUCCUGGAGAAGGCGUGUACAAUCCAAAAUCGAUCUAAAUUCAAGUCUACUGUGUUUGGCCGCUUGCUGUCUGACCCCUCUAUCAAGCGUAUCAGCUGGUGCCCUGACUUUAUCAUGGAAUCCUUUGUGGAAAUCUUGGGCUUUGAAAUGGGGCCCACUGUGGAUCUAGGUUUUAAGGUGAUGGAAAAUGACACUGCGAUGUCUUUUGCUUUAGCUGUUGAAAAGUACCUGAAAGACUGGCCUGAUGUGAUAAAGUACUUUGAAUGCAAGCAACAAUAUGACAGUUGGAUACACAUGAGCAACAAAAAGUUUGGUGGUUCUUGCUGGGAACGUCCAAAGGUGCCUCUAGAAGUUCUCGAGUUCUGUGCUCUCCAAGGUCUAACUGCUUAUGCUCUCUAUCAAAAGACAUUGGAAUUGGGAUUUGGUGACGAUGAAGAGUAUAUUUACCCUAAUGAUGAUGAUGAUGAUGAUGAUGAAUAA